AUGUCCAAUAGCGCAGAAAUACCAUUAACUACCGAUGAUCCAACCGGUAUUCUCCCUAAUACCAAGAUUGGGCGCAAGAACCAUGCGAUUACGAAGCCCAUCACCGUCGAUGCGGAAACAGCAGAGGUUUUGGUCCGCAAACCGACGGGCAAACCAAGGCUUCGCAAGGGUCAAAGCGAAGAGAACUACCAAGAGCAGCUCGUUGAAUUCUUUGAAAACAGCAGAGGACCUCUGCGUACGGAAGAGGGAUGGAUGGACGCACUUGACAUAGACAACACGUUUGAUAUAACAAUAAAACAAGAAAGACAGAAGCUAACGGCCUAUUGCCAGCGGCUUUAUUUCAGAGGCGAAUACGCAGCUUCUUAUGCCAUGGCCAUGAAACUGCUGCCGAAAUAUGAAUCAAUAAACCAUAAGAAUAAACUCGAGCGGGAAAUCUCAGAGUUACAAUACAUAAUGACCCGCUCCAAACCACAUAUCUAA